AUGUCAUCCCAUCAAACUGCUUACAAAUGUACUGAACGCAUUGAUCCGAAAAUUAAACGUCGUCUUCGUCGAUCACAAGAAUGGCAAAACAAACGUGAUGAAAUGGUCAACAGAAGGCGCAAAAUAGGGGUAAUGUCUCCUUGUACGGAAUUUGAUCUUUCUCUAAAUUCUCCCGUGUUGGAAAAUGCAUUGACGAAAACUUCCUCGGGCAAAGAAAACAAGAAAAUAAUCCGAGAUAAUAAGAAACAAGAGAAAUGCAAUGAACGGCUGAAAAUGCUGCAGAAAUGGAAGGAAGAGAAAGAGCUGCAACGGAAGCAGGCGGCACUGGAGAAGGCAAAGUGUAGGCCCUUUGUUGUGACAGUCAGCCGACAACCUGCUAAGUCUGCCUUCGAUAUGAAAUGGGAGCAGAAGUUACAGAAGAAACAGGUGAAAACUACUGUGCCAGUUGCGGAACCUCCCCGCAAAACAAGAGCAGCCACUGCUACCACUAGAUCUACCACUACUGCUACAACUACUGCUGCUACACGUGCAACAACCAGAGCUACAACUCGCCAAGCUGAUGUUGCCCACAAGCCGAAAACUUCGUCUUUGGUUUUACCAGAGAAAAAAGGACCCACCAAAAGGCAGCCAGCUCGGCUUACGGCAGCAAGUGAGAGCAAGAAAGUACCAUUGACUACACAAACUAGAGUCACCAGGCAAACCAAUAACAGCAAAGCAGCCACCAGAGCAACUACUAGGACACUGCCUUCCACAAAAGCUAAAACAACAUCAAGUGUAACUCAGAAACAGGCAAAAUCGAAAAUUGAAUCUCCUGUUAAAGGUAAAAGUAAGCCUGCAACUACGAACAACUUUGACACAUUGUCUUCAAAGGUUACAACACGGUCGGAAAGAGAGAGUGUCUCAUUCGUACCUGGAAAUUUUGUCUUCACUGCUCCUGAAAAUCUCCAAUCUUAUAAUUUCUCAACUUCGCUAAGUCCGAACAGUACUCAGAAUUUCUUUUUCAGUGGAUUCGACGAACCUCCUACCAACAAUUUUGGAAGAGUUAGUGAUUCACCCACUAAAAAUGGUGAGGCAAAAGACGAGGAGACGUCUCCAAACAGGUCUGGAAUGGUUGAAGAGAGUGAAGCUCCUGAGAAAGAAGACCAAAAAAGUUUAGUAGCCACCACUUCUACUGAAUCGCCAUUCACUCCUGUUAGAAAUAGUGCUGAUGUAGCUGUCUUCAAGACUCCAGUUAGCAGCAUUAGCUUAAAGUCGAAAAGGAAUCGACAGUCUUCUUCUGACUCCAAACCAAAUAGCAAAAAGAAACCCAGGAAAUCAUCCUCUUGUCUUAAGAUGGAUUCAGUUAAAGUACCACAGUCGCCGAAGAAUGGGUUGAGCUUUUGA